AUGGAAUCGGCCACCCCGCGCCGUUCUCUGCCCAGAGUCGCGGAGAGCAGUCUGGAGUGCUUCUCUCACGGAAUUUCGGACCUUAUUCGGAAGAAGAACUCGAGGAAGGUGAAGGAAAUCGUUCCAACUCCGGCGCCGGCGCCUCAAUUCGCGCUCCCGGAUGAUCUGCUGGAAAUGUGCCUUCUUCGUCUCCCGUUCGCAUCCCUCCAGGCAGCCCGACUCGUCUGCAAGAAAUGGCUGCACCUGACAACUUCUCCCCAGUUUCUUCACCUGAGAUCCAGAGGUUUCACUCAUCAUCCAUGGCUCUUCUUGUUUGGCAUCACCAGGAGCGGCUCCUCCGCCGGGGAGAUCCACGCCUUGGAUACCUCCCUCAACCAGUGGCACACCAUCCGAGCUGAUCUUCUCGCGGGGAGGUUCCUGUUCUCUGUGGCCGCCGUCGGGAGCGACAUCUACGUCGUCGGAGGCUACUCGAACUCCGCCGACGCCGCCGCACUGUCAGGGAGAAGCUCUCUCAAGACCCACAGAGGGGUGCUGGUGUUCAGCCCUCUGACAGGGAAAUGGCGCAAGGCCUCACCUCUGAGGGUCCCAAGGUCGGGGCCUAUCCUGGGCGUCCUCAAGGUCAGCUCGAGUUCCUCUUUUCUCCAAAGCCGUCGGCGGCUCGAGCGUCGCCACCUGAAGCGCCCAAAACUGAAGGAAUACCUCAACGAAGUGGAGGAAUCCACCGGGAAACAAUUAUCAUCAGAAGCUGUCGGCCGGAAGACGAACGAGGAGGGAUCGAGGUUCCUUCUGAUCGCCGCCGGCGGCCGGGGUUCUUGGGACGAGCCGCUGGAUUCUGUGGAGGUCUACGAUCCUGUGGCGGACCAAUGGACGGCGAUCGGGAAGUUGCCGGAGGACCUCGGCGGCGCCGCCUGCUCGGGGGCGGCGUGUGGCGGCAUGUUCUACGUCUACUCGGAAGCCAACCGGCUGGCCCGCUACGACCCGGAGCGGGGCCUCUGGGCGAUCAUUGAGACGUCUCGGCCGCCCCCACGGCUGCACGCCUACCGGCCGGCGGUCGUCUCCUCCGGCGACGGCCGCCUGUUCUUGCUCGGCGUGUCGUGGGGCGACGGGGACCGGCGGCUUGGUGGCUGCGAGAAGGCCCUGAGGAAACUGUGGGAGCUCGACCUCGACCUCAUGGCAUGGGCGGAGGUGGCGAGCCACCCCGACGCCCCCAUGGACAUGAACGCCGUGUUCUUCGCCGAGCGGAGCAGGAUAUAUGGGAUUGAGAUGUUCAAGAUCUUCGGCCAGGUGCUUGACUUUUUGACCUCCUGCGAUGUCUCCGGCAGGGAAGUGAAGUGGAACCACAUCUCCACCCAGCACUCCGCCCACCCAGCGGCCGCCUCCUCCUGCUCCACCAAGUCAAUGGUCGUCCUGCGCCUGUGA